AUGACGCUGUUGCUCCAAGGCGCAGCUAUUCUAUUAGCGGGGCUUGUGGUCUAUGCUUUCCUCUUUGUCGGUAGAAGAGGUCGCAACUUUCCCGAUGGCCCACCAACGCUCCCCAUCAUUGGGAACCUACAUCAGCUUCCAAAGCAAAAGAUCUACUUUCAGUUCACAGAAUGGGCGAAGAAAUACGGAGGAAUGUACUCCCUGAAGCUCGGACCUGGAAAUGUGGUUGUCCUCACAGAUCGUCGCAUUAUCAAACAAGUACUGGAGAAAAGAAGUGCAAUUUCCAGCAACCGGCCAGUAAAUAUGGUUUCUCAGAAGCUCAUCACCGAGGGCGACCACAUGUUAUGGAUGGACAACACUCCAACCUGGCGCCUGUUUCGGAAACUGCUCCACCAAGACCUGACCGAGAGCCUUUGCAACAGCCAACAUGUCAAGCUUCAGCAUGCCGAAGCCGUUCAGAUGCUGUAUGACAUGAUGCAAGACCCAGAUCAUUGGACGAAUCAUCUCAAGAGGUUCAGCAAUAGCAUCAUUAUGAGUAUAGUCUAUGGAAUCCGUUCUCCAUCGAUCAGCGCACCUCAUACGAAACAGCUUGGUGAAGCGGCCGAGAUAUGGGCCAGAAUCAACGAAUUCGGUGCUACACCUCCAGUUGACAUUUUCCCAUUCUUGAAGUGGAUCCCCCAGCGUUUCCUUGGAAACUGGGUAACCCGAUCGAUGGAAGUCCAUGAUGCCCUGCACAAUCUAUAUGGAGGUCUCCUAGAAUCAGUGAUGCGGCGAAGACAGGCGAUAGGCUCGGUAGACAGCAUGCUGGACCGGAUUCUAGAUCAACAAGAGAAGCACGGCUUGAACAAGCACCAGGUCAUGUUAUUUGCGGGUGUUACGAUCAAAGGCGGCUCAGAUACAACCGCCUCAGUACUCACAUCUACCAUUCAAGCUUUGAUCACGAACCCCGAGGUGCAGAGAAAAGCACAGGCAGAGAUCGACUCUGUCGUUGGUGAGGACCGGAUGCCAAGCUGGGACGACUAUGAGAAGCUACCAUACAUCGCUGCUAUUGUCAAGGAGUCGCAUAGGUGGCGACCAGUUGCCCCUCUCUCAGUUCCACAUGCUCUUUCUGAAGAUGAGAUUGUGGAUGGUAAAUUAUUGCCAAAGGGCACGGUCAUCUUCGUCAAUGUCUGGGGUCUCCAUCAAGACGAAUCCAAAUUUGCGAAUCCAGAUGUUUUCGAUCCUGACCACUACAAAGGCCGCCAGCUUCUGGCUGCGGAGUAUGCAAACUCGGCUGAUUACGAAAAUCGGGACCACUACGGCUAUGGCAAUGGCCGGCGACUGUGCCCCGGGAUCCACCUUGCGGAUCGAAACCUUUUCCACGCGAUCUCGAAGCUGCUUUGGGCGUUUCAUAUUGAAAAAGGGAUUGAUGCAGAGACGGGAAAGCCAGUGGCACCUGAUACUAGUAUGGCCACAGGCUACAGGGAAGGCCUCACAGCCUGUGCGUACGAGUUCCCCAUCAAACUCACGGUGAGGUCGCAAACUCGACAUAAGACAAUCAUGGGGGAAUAUGCUGCCGCCAAAGCGGAUGUUUUUCAGAAGUUUGACAAAUCGGACUUCUUCAAGUGA